GAGACUAAAAGUCAAAAUGGCUGCCCCAAGGAAUCCCGCACCGCGCAGCUAAGAAGGGUUGGGGAACAAGCUUCUGCGGGAAAGGGGGAGGGGGGCUCUCGGAAGAACCGUGGCCAGAACCAUAGGCAGGAGUAUCGCUCCCCCCCCCCCCCCCCCCCGCCGAGCUGCACAGGUUCUAGUUUCAGAUACCCCUUGACAUAACUUUUGAGCUAUCUGGAAAAAUACUGGCCAGGAAAAAUGAUACAAUUUUUCCUCAUGGUGAAUAAACAAGGGCAGACCCGACUUUCUAAAUACUAUGAACAUGUGGAGAUUAAUAAGCGUACACUUCUGGAAACGGAAGUCAUAAGGAGCUGUCUCUCCCCAUCCAAUGAGCAAUGCUCUUUCAUUGAAUUUAAGGGUUUUAAGCUGAUAUAUCGACAGUAUGCAACUCUCUUCAUUGUGGUUGGAGUUAAUGACACUGAGAACGAGAUGACAAUUUAUGAAUUCAUCCAUAACUUUGUGGAAGUUUUAGAUGAGUACUUCAGCCGCGUGAGUGAAUUAGAUAUAAUGUUUAAUUUGGAUAAAGUACACAUUAUUUUGGAUGAGAUGGUGUUGAAUGGCUGCAUUGUGGAAACGAAUCGGGCAAGAAUUCUUGCCCCUCUAACCUUGGCCUCUUACCACAGUCAUGUUUCCAUCACUCACAUGUACUUGGCCACGUGGCAGCUUCGCUGA